AUGGCAUACACCGCCUACGACGUUCAACCAGUUGCUCGUCGGCCAUCCAUGUCCUACGGUACUCCAAUGUAUCAACCCCACCAGCUGCCCAUGGAUCAGUAUCCGCACCCUUCCUAUGAUAUUUACGCAAAUCCGCACGCCGUAUCACACGCCGUACCAAUGUCGCGUCGCAUGUCAAGUCACUCCGCCUACGACGAUCAUGGCUACUAUCGCGCGCAUCAUCAGAGACUUCCCUCCAGCUACACUCCGCGCCCUGUCGUAGUCAGCAUGCCCCGUCAGCGAAGACAUACGGUCUCGUUUAGUACCGGUGGGAUGGAUGCUUACCAUCGGUCAAGCUCUCUGCGAGUCAAGUUCAAACGAAAGGGCGCUUUCAUGAGCGGCGUCAGUUUGUCCGACGCCCAGUCCCACAGCGUUCGGCUCUCGGGAAAUGACUCAUACUAUCUGCGCGACCUGCACCCUGACAGGCGGGAUAACAUCUAUCUGUUAAUCAAGUGGUCAGGAUAUCAGGCGCUCCAGUAUGAAAUCCCGCUGGAGUCUUACGGCAGCCGGGUAGACUUGCAGACGUUAGCUCGGCGGGUCGCGCGUUCUUGUGUCCACUAUUUCUCGACAAACAGGAUUCCCCUGCCAUGGGAUCGUCUCGAUCUGCACCACUUGGAAGAGACGUCGUACGGUGUCUGGCAGCCCAUGCUGGCUGUGCAUUAA